UAUUUGUAGCCCAGCAGAAAUUCAUAUGGAAAUUUACAUGCCACUUGUGUGAUAGAAGUUUCACCGAGAAGUGGGCCCUGAACAAUCACAUGAAGCUGCACACAGGAGAAAAGCCUUUCAAGUGUACAUGGCCCACGUGUCACUACUCCUUCCUCACGGCCUCCGCCAUGAAAGACCACUACAGGACGCACACAGGCGAGAAGUCGUUCCUGUGUGACCUCUGUGGCUUCGCUGGCGGGACCCGGCACGCCCUCACCAAGCACCGCAGGCAGCAUACAGGGGAAAAGCCUUUCAAAUGUGACGAGUGUAACUUUGCCUCCACAACCCAGUCUCACCUGACUCGGCACAAGCGGGUGCACACGGGAGAGAAGCCCUACCGGUGCCCCUGGUGUGACUACAGGUCAAACUGUGCUGAAAAUAUCCGCAAACACAUUUUGCAUACUGGCAAACACGAGGGGGUCAAGAUGUACAACUGUCCCAAGUGUGACUACGGCACAAAUGUCCCUGUGGAGUUCCGGAACCACCUGAAGGAACAGCACCCUGACAUCGAGAACCCUGACCUGGCUUACUUGCAUGCAGGCAUAGUUUCCAAGUCCUACGAAUGCCGUUUGAAGGGCCAAGGCGCCACGUUCGUGGAGACGGACAGCCCGUUCACUGCAGCCGCGCUGGCAGAGGAGUCCCCGGUCAAAGACAGGCCCUUGCGCAGUGGCCGGCGGGCAGCGGCAGCGCCCGAGCAGGUGCAGCAGGUCAUCAUUAUCCAGGGCUACGACGGGGAGUUCGCCCUGGAUGCCUCCGUUGAGGAGACGGCUGCGGCCACACUGCAGACGUUGGCACUGGCCGGCCAGGUGGCCCGCGUGGUGCACAUCACGGAAGACGGCCAGGUCAUUGCUGCGAGCCCCAGCGGAGCCCACAUGGGCAGUGGGGCGUCGGGGCCCGUACUGCCGGAGCAGAUGGCGGAGGAAGCCACCCAGGUGGUGGUGGUGGGGGGCUCAAUGGAAGGUCACAUGGCCGAGCCCCUCAGCCCUGGUGGUGCGGUGAUACAGCAGGUGACCAAGCAGGAGAUCCUAGACCUCAGCGAGGGGGCCAUCCCCCAGCCUGACCCGGCCUCUGCCCUGGAUGCCCUGCUGUGUGCGGUCAGUGAGUUGGGAGGGGCAGAUGGCAGGGCUGGGCCUGUGGACAAGGGCAGGGCUGGCCAUAGAGAUGUGCUGGUCCAGCUGCCCGGGCAGGAGGUGCCUCCCGCUGAGGCCGCCGAGGUCCACGUGUUCCCGGACAUGGAGGGGAGCCCAGCCACCAUGGAGCCCAUGGAGGUCCUGACCCAGGUGGUGCAACCCUCUGCUGUUGUCGCCUCACAGGAGCGUGCCCAGGUGGCCUUCAAAAAGAUGGUCCAGGGCGUCCUUCAGUUCGCUGUGUGCGACUCGGCCGCGGCCGGGCAGCUGCUGAAAGAGGGUGUCACCCAGGUCAUCGUGAACGAGGAGGGCGCGGUCCACAUGCUGGCCCGGGAGGGCUCGCAGAUCGUCAUGCAGGAGGCGGGGGUCCCCGGGCAGCAUGCGGAGCUGGCUGAGCAGGACGGGGAGAUCUCACAGAUCAUUGUCACCGAGGAGCUGGUCCAGGCCAUGGUUCGUGAGUCUGGUGGCAACUUUCCGGAGGGCGCAACCCAUUAUAUUGUGACCGAACUGCCCCCCGGGGUGCAGGAUGAGACGGCCAUGUACUCCCACACUGUGAUAGAGACAGCAAACUCGCAGGAGAUCCUGCAAGCGGGGGCCAUGGUCCCCAGUGGAGCGGAACAGUUGACAAGCAUGGUCAUUUACACCCAAGAGGGCUCCCCAGCAGCCACAGUCAUUCAGAGCCAAAGAGAGAGUCAUGAACUCCAGGAAGCCUAAGGCAGAGGUCAUGUGUGGAAAGAUCAGCACAUGUGGACACAGUGGUCCCUGCCCAACAAUGAGUGUAGCUCAAAGGAGCACCAGACACACUCUCCGUCCGAGGUUCACACUGCUGCUUAAAAGCGCGCAGUCCCAGGACGCCCCAGUGGAGGGAUGAGAGCCGUGCAGCCAGUGGGCCAGCGGCAGAGCUGCACAUGGAGGCAGGGCCCUGCACCCCAGAUCUGCUCACUGUUCGGUUCUUUUGUUAAAGGUCUUUCCCUCUGUUCUAUCUAUUGUGCCGAGGAGAAUCUGAGUUUUCUUUUCUGCAUCACCCCCCCCCCCCACACACACACACAUACAAAUGUUUUCCCAUUUCAGUUCCCAAAGGGCCGUGCCCCACUGGUGGACGUGUAAGCACAGUGUGUUUGUGGCUUGAGACCUGUCUGCUCGGCAACCCAGCAUGUAGCCGUUUACACAUUUUAUUCUAUAUUCGGUUAAAACUGCAACUGCAAGUAUUACUGUCUUGAUGUAACCCACCCCUGUUCAUUUUGUUGAAAUGUGUCCCCAGACCAAAGGAAGCCUGUCAUUCAUCUCCCGCGUCAGUUUGCUCUCUUCAGACAUGGCAGGUGUAUUCAGAGCUCUGGUUGCCUUCUGCUUAAAAGAACCUUCUAAAGCCUGCGGUUAAGGAAAGCCUUGGCGUUCAUGUUUCAUUAAAAUGCACCCUGUUUUAGUCAACCCAAUGCUUCUAAUUUUGACUUCAUUUCAUAUAAUAAAGUCUCUAUAUGAAACACGCACUCUGGAAAAUACUGUUCAUGCCAAUAUUUUGCUUUUUAUAACACGUUCAUAUCUAUGUCAUUGUUGAGGGAUUUAUUUGUAAUUUAUGUCAGUGUGAGACUGACGUUAAACAUUACCAACAGGAAGCCCCACCUGCAGCCCGCCCUGACCCGCGUUGUCUGUGAGGCUCUGGGUCCACUGUAGCUGUGGAGUGCAAGGUUACGUCCCAGUCAUUUGUUUCUUGAUAAAAUUGCUCUUCUUCCUUUUCCAAAAUUGUAAAAUAAUCCACUUCCCCCAUGCACAGGUUGUUUUGUUCUGUUUCUUUUUUCUUUGAAAUAAAACUAUAGCAUUAAAGAGAA